CUUCAUUUGAGUUCACAUCACAUGGACGAGAAGAUAUAGGUCAAUAGCAUUCUGUUUGAAAGGAUGCCGAAAAAGAAGCUGAAAGCAUUUGUAAUUGAACACGGCCAAACACUGAACUCAAGACAGCAGUUUGUGGAACAUCUGUCCAAACGAUUGAAGGAAGUUACGACCGAAGAUCACUGCGAUGUUAUGCUUGCAAUCUGCCCCAUCGUUUCCGGAGUGGGUACGGACAUCGAAGCUGCCAUGAAAGCUUUUGAAGAUAUUUCUCCCAAAAAGCCCAUCAUUCUAGUAGUGCUGCAUCAUACAUUUGACAGAGAUUAUGUGGUACCAGAUUGCAGCAGAUAUGUAGGAGACAGCGUGGAAUUGAUAGUAAAUGGUCUGUUCCAUGAAGAUCACGGACUCCUCAAGAACUGUGAUGUGAACACACAGGCCAUAAAUCAGACAUUGGAGAAACUGAUGAAGUUACAGAAAAAAAGAAAUCCCCUCGAGAACGUGAAGCUUCCACACAUGCCUUUCGGAAUUAAGAGGGCGAAACCGAAGCUGAAAGGGUUUGUAAUUGAAAGUGGUAAAACACUCGACUCAGGACAGCAGUUUGUGGGACGUCUGUCGUACCGUUUGGAGGAAGUUAAGGCAGUUGAUGAGUAUGACAUCAUACUUGGAGUGUGCCCCAUUGUUUCUCGAGUGGGAACGGACAUCGAAGCGGCAAUGAAAGUUUUUGAAGAUAAAUGUCCCACUACAAAGCACUUCAUCCUGCUGGUGCUCCAUCAUACAUUUGACAGAGAUUAUGUGAUACCAGAUUGCAGCAGAUAUGUAGGAGACCGCGUGUCAUUCACAGUACAUGCCCUGUUCCAUGAAGACCACGGACUCCUCAAGAACUGCGAUGUGAACACAAAGGCAAUAAAUCAGACAUUGGAGAAACUAAAGGAGUUUCAGAAAGAGAAUAUGAAGAAGGAUGACCAGAAACAACAUAAAUCCCCAAAGACGAAACUGAAAAUGAAGAAGGAUAAGAAAAAAGAUGAGACACCCCCAAAGACGGCUUGA